AUAUAACAACUUCACCAGAAGAAAUGCAUAAUUCAUUCAAUUUGGAAUAUUUAAAGCAGAUGAGAAGUAAUAAUAUGAUGAGUUCAGAAAUAUCACAUAAUGUUAGUAAAAAAAUGAGAUAUUCAACUAGAUUUGGAGUUCUUAAAAAAGCUCUAAAUUUGUCUAUUUCUUUGAACUGUAAUGAUGAAUUGUUGAACAUUUUAUAUCACUUUAUUGGAGAUAGGCAAAAAUUAAGCACCAAUUAUUCUAUUAUUAAUAAUAAUAACAACAAAGAUCACACAAAUACAAAUCAGAAUUCUGAUAAUUCUUAUGUUUCUAUUCAAGUAACUGAUUCUCUCAGACAGGCAUUAGCACCUUUAGAUGAAAACAUACAAUCGAAUAAGUCUAUAUUCAAAGAAUCUAAUGAUGUUUAUAAUGAGGUUAAUCAAGAUAAUGAAUUUUCAGCUGAUAAUCAG